AGCGGAAAAGCGGAGGGGUGGCGGAAGAAGAAGCAGGGCGGCGCAGACAGGAAGCUUUUCCCACAAUUGCACAACGUCGGAGAGGUAUUAUUAUUACGCGACAGGCAAUCGGCGCGGCAACAACAGCAAACUAAGCAACGCAUCGCAGACGCAAAAACAAAACUAAAUAUUACAACAUAUUUACUUGGCCCAUUAGGGGGAGGGACGGUAUAUUUUCCGCCCAGCCCACCAGUCCACCCCCAACGAGUGGGUGGCGGAGAAUCGCCGUAGGAUCCGCUCCUCCGCGACCAUUCAUAUUCAUUCAGUCACGAAAUCUCAUUCGGUGUGUGAGUGUUGAUGAGCCGCAAAGGAAAAACCCAAAUCCUCUAAACAGUGUGCCGCGCGAAAAGAGGCGAAAAAGUGUUGCAUAUUCCGGGGCUGGCUGCAAAAUCUCCGCUAACAUGUUGUUCUCGGCGAGUGGACGUGGAGGCAACAGCAAGAGCAGCAGCCUCCGCCCCCAGAAAGCAGCAGCAGCAGCAACAGCAGCACGCCCGCUAGCCAAGGCCGACGGCAAAGUGAAGCACCUGCAAUGGCCACACUAAUACCAGUGAACGGCGGCCAUCCAGCAGCGAGCGGACAAUCCUCCAAUGUGGAGGCGACAUAUGAAGAUAUGUUCAAGGAAAUCACACGCAAAUUGUACGGCGAGGAGACCGGUAACGGUUUGCAUACGCUCGGCACGCCGGUGGCGCAGGUGGCCACCAGCGGGCCAACAGCGGUGCCCGAGGGCGAGCAGCGCUCCUUUACAAAUCUGCAACAACUCGAUCGCUCGGCAGCGCCCAGCAUUGAAUACGAGUCCAGUGCGGCAGGCGCCACUGGCAACAACGUGGCCACCACCCAGGCCAAUGUAAUUCAGCAACAACAACAGCAGCAACAGCAAGCGGAGUCGGGCAACUCCGUGGUAGUGACGGCCAGCAGUGGGGCGACUGUGGUGCCGGCACCCAGUGUAGCGGCCGUUGGUGGCUUCAAGUCUGAGGAUCAUCUGAGCACUGCCUUCGGGCUGGCAGCCCUGAUGCAGAACGGCUUCGCAGCUGGCCAGGCGGGUCUGCUGAAGGCCGGCGAGCAGCAACAGCGCUGGGCUCAGGACGGAUCUGGUCUGGUGGCGGCGGCAGCCGCGGAACCACAGCUCGUACAGUGGACCUCGGGCGGAAAGCUGCAGAGCUACGCUCACGUCAACCAGCAGCAGCAGCAACAGCAACAGCCGCAUCAGAGCACACCCAAGUCCAAAAAACACCGUCAGGAGCAUGCGGCUGAAUUGAUCUACGCCAGCCCCUCCACAUCGGCCAAUGCGGCCCAAAAUCUGGCCCAAUCCACACCCACCUCAGCGCCCAGCAACAGCAGUGGCGGCAGCACCAGCUCCUCCGGCGGAGGAGGAGGCGGUCGGAAGAAGGCUGCUCAAGCGGCUGCAGCCGCCGCUGCCGCGAAUGGAGUGCACAUCCAGAAGCGUUACGCCUGUACCCAUUGUCCAUACUCGACGGACCGUCGGGAUCUGUACACCCGGCAUGAGAACAUCCACAAGGACGAGAAGCCCUUCCAGUGCUAUGCCUGCCUCAAGCAGUUCAACCGAGCCGAUCAUGUCAAGAAGCACUUCCUGCGCAUGCACCGGGAGCUGCAGUACGACAUUAACAAGACCCGGCGACAUAUCUCGGCGGGCAGUGGAUCCUCGGGCAGCGGGUCCUCCGGAAGCGGAUCUCAUCACUCCGGCGGCCGUGGUAAUGUGACCAUUAACUCGGCGGGCGUUAACAUAGACAAUGCCUUCUUGGAGGCCCAACGACAUCCCACCUCGAGCAGUAUGAGCAUUGUGGAGACCAUCGAGGCAGUGGCCUCGGCCACCGAUAUGCCACUGGCCCAGCUCAAGCAGGAGAAAAUGGACGAUGGCGCCGGUGUGGUAUUGCCCCUUCAUGUGGGCGUUAUGCAGCAACCGGUGGCCAGCUCGAGUUCCGGCAGCAGCGGCAGUCAUGGUGGCAAUGGAAACGGUGGCAACAGCUCCGGCCUGCUGAAACCGAAGCGGGAGAAGCGCUUCACCUGCUGCUACUGCCCGUGGUCCGGAGCGGACAAGUGGGGCCUCAAGCGGCACCUCAACACGCAUACAAAGCCCUUCGUCUGCCUGCUCUGCGAUUACAAGGCGGCGCGUUCCGAGCGCCUGGCCACCCACGUGCUAAAGGUGCACAACAAGCGGGCCUGCAGCAAGUGCUCUUACUUGGCGGACACGCAGGAGGAGUACCAGGCUCACAUGAGCGAUGUGCAUCCGCACGAUAAUCGGCCGGCGCGCAGCGGCAACGGCAACCAGAGCGGCGGCAGCAGCAGCGGCAAUAGCAACGGCAACGGCGGCGGCAAUGGCAACAACAAUGCCAAUGCCGGAGGCCACAGCCAGAACCUCAAUGUGCUGCGAACUAUUGGCAACAGCCUGGUGGCCAACAACCAGCUGAACACCUAUGCCGGCAAUGCUUUUGGCUCGUCCAGUGGCAAUGUGGGAAAUGCGAAUGGAGGCGGCGGCGCCGUAACCAUCUACACCACCACCACCAAUGAGGGCGUGGCCGGCGGCGGAGGAGGCGGUGGUGGCGGCAUAAGCGGCAACAUUUCCGGCGGCGGACCGCUCCAGGAGAUCAUCGUGAAUCCCUCGUCGAUGGUCGGCUGGCGGCUGAGCGCCAACGGAUCGCUGAUCCCGCCGCACGAUCUGCUAACCGGCGGAUUGCCAAAUGCAGCCACGCAAAAGCGCGGCUCGGAGCGAUUGUUUCAGUACCUCGAGGCCGAGGGCAGCGAUCCGGAGGACUAUGCGCGUCUGCUGAAAAUGGACGCCAUUAGUCGCAACACCGCUUCGGUCGCUCAGGAUUUUCAUAAGGCGGGAGGCGUGCACGAGUUGAAAAUACCAGCCAAUCAUCAACUCCUGUUUAACAAUAAACUGCCUUCGCAAUGGACGACACGAGAGGCUGCUGCACUGCUGUACAGCCUGAGCAACAUGGGUGGCGGAUCCGCCGGCUCCGUUUCCGGUUCCCAGCGUCAAAAGUUCGGCAUGCGAGCGCGACAACAUUCCACCGGCGAGGACGACGAGAAUACACCAUCGUCUGCCUCUUCGUCGAGUUUCUCUGGCGAUGAGUUCAACAUGAGCGCCACAUCGCCACUGAAGCUGUCGCGUCAUGCCAUCAAGCUGGAGAAGAUGGAUGAAAUGGACGCCAAGGACAUGGGACCCACCAAGGCGAUGAUGGCAACGGCAUUUCUAGAGGCGGCCAACUACGAGCAGACGGCCAUCGAGCUGCUGGCCAGCAAACGGAAGAUCAAGGUCGAGAACGACAACGACAACGACGAGGACCAAGAGAACCAGCAGCAUCAGCCCCAUCAGCAACAUCACAGCCAGCAGCAGCAGCGAUUGCAGCUUAUUAAAUCGUCUCCCGCGUACAAAUUGAACAACAACAAUAAUAACAACAAUAGCAACAACAACAACUACUACAAGGACAAGUCAUCGCACAGAAAUGCCGUUCACCAUCAUCGCCAGGAUGACAAGGAGAACAACAAGACCAAGUCGCCAGGAGCAGCAGCAGUAAGUGUUGCAGCUGCAGCAGCAACAUCGCCGCCCAGCAUCAGCGGCAACACCAACCAGACCCCGUUUCUCACCCAAAUGGAGUACCAGAAUCUCAAUCGCAUUGGCACCCAGUUCCAGAACUACGUCAAGGACAUUAUCAACAAGUACUAUGCGGCAGAGACGCCAUUGAUGCUGGCCGCUGCAGCAGCAGCUUUGCCCACGGCCACGACUACAGGUCAGCAGCAACGGCCAGAGCUGGAUAUUGAGAACCUGUCGCCGAGCAAGCGUCGUCGUUUGCUCAGCGAAACGGAGGAGUACAUCGAGUAUCUGCGGAACAAGGAGGACAUUACACUGACCAUUGCUCCAAAGGUUCCGCCAGCAGCGCCGGUGACAUCUCUGCUCAAACGCCAGUUGGAUCUCAGCACACCUCGUCGAAGUCCCAAGAAGGCGACUCCGGCCCACAGCAACAGUGCCUCGAAUGCCUCCCGCAAAUCCCUCAAUCAGUUGGCCACCCUAUUGCCACUGCUGGCGGAUGCGGCCAGCCAGCAAGAGUAUCUCGCUGCACCGCUGGACUUCAGCAAGAAGUCCAGCUCGCGCAAGCAGGCGCAGCCAAAGAAGAUCCGCCUGACGCCCGAGGCAGUGGUCACCCUACUGCGGGACAAGUACCUCAAUCGCAUGGUGCGCCAGCGUUUGGGCUGCCUCAAGUGCAACCAGUCGCGAAGGAACAGCUCAAUCAGCUUCAACUACCACACGCUGGGAUCACUGGCUCUUCACAAGUAUUGGCGACAUGGCCAGCUUGGAUCAUCCUCAAAAACUAGGAGAGAGAAGCUGCAGGCAGCUCUGCAGAAGAGGAUUAGCCGAGGACAGGCGGAAAAAUGCUAAUGUGGUCGUGUAGUUUUGGUUCUAUUUUAUUCGCUUAAGAUUAGAAAAUGUUUGCUUGCCAUAUAUGGAAUGCAUUAGGCAUUUGACAUUGAAAAUUAUUUAAAAAAUUGCAUUUAAUUUUUUAAAUUUUAAGUUGUGAUGUACCUGAAAUAUGAUUUCUCUUAAACAAACAAAAAAUACUUAAAAAACAAACAAACAAACACAAUUCAUGCAAACGGUCUCGAACGCGCUUUUGCAGCCGACUGCAAAUGAAUUUCAUUAUCUUAGUUGUACGAUUGAGGAGCUAUCUCACAAACACACCCCACUCACAUUGAACAUUAACACACGGAUAUUUAACUAUUUAGUAACUUACCUGGAAUGAGCAUUUAUCAAAUGUGUACCCCCAGUCCCUGAUUUCCAUAUCCACCUCCAUUUGUAUUUGUAUUCGAUUGAAUGAAAUGUGAAGUAAAAGCUUUAAUUUGCCAUUUACAAAGCUUCAGUUAAGUUACGAGUAAUGAUUGCCAUCUUUUUACACCUAGCAUUUAGUCGUCUAGUUACCCUAGUUUAUGGAUUAAUUUAUGAACUGCAAACGCGAACCUCAUCGAACCCUUUGCCUUACUUAUCAUUUAAGCUUUAAUGUGAAUGUACAUUUACUUUAAGUUGAUUUAGUUACUCCUCGGAGCAGCAGUCACGCCCACAAUGCCCACAAAAACAAAACAAAACAAAAAGCAUUAUCACGCAAAACGUUUUAAAUAUGAAUGAACAAACGUCUAUAAAUAUUAACAAAACAAAAUGAACAAAAACUAUAUUACUGUACGUGUAGAUGUAUUCAUGAUUUUAUCUGAAAAACGGAAUAGAAAGUCGGUGAGAACAAGAAGGAAACACAAGAACAACUUACAAAAUACUCAAAGAACAUGGAUAGAAUGGAUAGAAUACAACUUUUUACCACACUGAACAAGAAAUAUUUGACUGAAAAGUGUCGGGGGAAGAUAUGAUAUAUGAAUAAAGGUAUAAACAAUUUUAGUGUAAAAUGUGUGUUUUUGCUAAAUGUGGUAAACUAAAAGAAAACUUAAAUUUAUUACACAAAACUAAACUAAAGCGUA